GAUUGCCCUCCAGCUGGUAACGAAAUAUGUUGCAUGAUACCUUCUAAGGUUCCACUUGGUGAAUCUUAUGAUUGUAUUCUUCCUGGUAAAAGAUACUCGUUCAAACAAGUAAUUCAUCAACAGAGGGUUUUAGGAAGAAAACUUGGUUUAGUGAUUGAUUUGACAAAUACUUCUGGUUACUAUCAAACAACGGAUCUAACUAAAGAGGGUACUAAACAUGUUAAGAUCCAAUGCAUGGGGCGUGGCUCUGUGCCUGACAAUCCAUCUGUCAACCAGUUUGUCUACGAGGUUUCUCAAUUCCUUUUGCGUCAGAAACACUCAAAGAAGUAUAUACUCGUUCAUUGCACACAUGGGUACAAUCGGACAGGAUAUAUGAUUAUCCAUUACCUGAUGCGUUCACAGAUAUCAAUGUCUGUCACUCAGGCAAUUGCUAUUUUUGCUGAAGCACGCCCUCCUGGCAUCUCUAAACUUGAUUACAUCGAAGCAUUCUAUGCAUUUUACCAUGAAAGGAAGCCCGAAAAUGUUCUUUGCCCACCAAUGCCGGAGUGGGAAAGAUCUGAAUUCGAUCUUAAUGGAGAAGCAGUGACAGAUGAUGAUGAUGAUGGAGGUUCAGCUGCUCCGGUGCAUGAGAGUCAUGAGUUAGAUGCAGUGAUGACAAAUGAUGAUAUUUUGGGAGACGAGAUUUCUUGGGACCAGCAAGGACUGCGGCACUUCUGCUUAACUCUUAAGUUGGGCGGCGGGACGAGAGGAAACUCCCAAUUCCCAGGGUCACAUCCAGUCUCGCUAAACAGGGACAAUUUACAGCUGCUGAGGCAACGAUGUUAUUAUGCGACAUGGAAAGCCGAUGGGACACGAUAUAUGAUGCUAAUAACUAUUGACGGCUGCUACUUGAUUGAUAGAAGUUUCAACUUUAGAAGGGUUCAGAUGAGAAUUCCUUGCAAACCCACAAGCGAUGUACACUUCGCACUUUUUUGA